AUGCCGCAGGCCCUCGCACGCCGGGUCGGCCACCUACCAAGCUGGGACACCUACAGCGCUCACACCGCGCGAAAGCGAGCGGCCGCGAAGACUUUGGAGCCUCGUGAGCCUCCGUACGCGCCUUCCGAAGCGCCAGGCAGUGUGGCGCAUGCGCGGAGCGAAGGCCACGCCCCUCGCCCGGAGCGCUGUGAUUGGCACUGGUCCUUCGCCAGCUCUUCGGGCUCGGGCGCUGACGGAGUGCGCAGGCGCUGGAGGAGGGCCCGCGUUCCCACGGUCUCCGCUUUCCUGGGUGUGCCGCCCACCCCGCUGGAGCCUGGGGAAGGCGCCCUGGGGCGGGAGACGGCCGCGGCUUCCGCGCCCCUGCACCCCUCCCCCGGCCGGGCUGGGCGCUCGCGGUACGAUCUAAGAACCGAGACGGCGCCCCUCGUGGUCGUGGUCUCUACCACGGGCACCGGCGACCCGCCCGACACCGCUCGCAAGUUCGUUAAGAAAAUCCAGGACAGGGCGCUGCCGGUGGAUUUCUUUGCUCACCUGCGGUACGGCCUGCUGGGGCUGGGUGACUCUGAGUACACGUACUUCUGUAACGGCGGGAAAGUCAUCGACAGGCGGCUCCAGGAGCUUGGUGCCCGGCACUUCUACGACACUGGGCACGCGGACGACUGUGUGGGUUUAGAACUUGUGGUUGAGCCGUGGAUUGAUGGACUCUGGGCUGCCCUCUCGAAGCACUUUACGUCCAGUAGAGGAAAAGAGAUGAAUGGAACGUUCCAGAUCACCUCGAAUGCCUCCCAGAGGACGGAUCCUGUGAGACCGGAAUUAGGACACAUUGAAUCUCAAGUUGAACUUCUGAGAUUGGCCAAUCCAGGCAGAGAGGAUUCCGAGGUUCAGGAACAGAAUGCGGUGAACAGAGGUCAGGCGAGUGCUCUGAGCGCCGAGUCCGAGCCCUCACUCACCCACUCGGUGCCCCCGCUGUCGCAGGCGUCUCUGAGCGUCCCUGCCCUCCCGCCAGAAUAUUUGCAGGUGCAUCUGCAGGAGCCUCUGGGCCGGGAGGAGAGCCAAGCAUCUGUGACUUCCGCGGAUCCCGUUUUUCAAGUUCCAAUUUCAAAGGCAGUCCAGCUGACUACGAAUGAUGCUGUCAAAACCACUCUUCUGGUGGAGCUGGACAUCUCAAAAACAGAUUUUUCCUAUCAGCCUGGAGAUGCCUUCAAUGUGAUCUGUCCCAACAGUGAUACUGAGGUUCAAAACCUACUGCAGAGACUGCAGCUCACAGACAGAAGGGAGCACUGUGUUGUCUUGGGGAUUAAGGCAGACACCAAGAAGAAAGGAGCCGCCUUACCCCAGCACGUCCCCGAGGGCCGCUCUCUCCGGUUCCUUCUCACCUGGUGUCUUGAAAUACGAGCAGUUCCGAAGAAGGCGCUGCUCAGAGCCCUGGCGGAGCACGCAGCCGGGCCCGACCAGCGCAGGCUGCUUGAGCUGUGCAGCCGGCAGGGCGCUGCCGACUAUGGCCGCUUCGUGCGCGACGCCCGCGCGACGCUGCUGGACGUCCUCCAGGCCUUCCCGUCCUGCCGGCCGCCGCUGGCGCUGCUGCUUGAGCAUCUCCCUAAGCUCCAGCCUCGACCAUACUCGUGUGCAAGCUCGAGUCUGUGUCACCCGGGGAGGCUCCGUUUCAUCUUCAACGUCGUGGAGGUUCUGUCUGCCAGCACCACGGAGGUCCUGCGGAGGGGCGUGUGCACGGGCUGGCUGGCCGCACAGGUCGCGCCCAUUCUCCGUCCAGCCGCGCAGGUGUCCCCUGCAGAAGGCUGCCCGGCCCCGGCCCCUGAGAUAUACAUCUCUCCUCGAACGACCAAUGUUUUCCACUUGCCGAGUGACCCUUCGGUCCCCGUCAUAAUGGUGGGGCCGGGGACCGGAGUAGCGCCCUUCAUCGGUUUCCUGCAACACAGAGAGAAACUCCAGGAACAGCAUCCAGAGACACACUUCGGAGCCACGUGGCUGUUUUUCGGCUGCCGCCACAAGGAGAGGGAUUAUCUGUUCCGGGAGGAGCUCAGACACCUCUGCAGGCGCGGGGUCCUCACGCACCUGAAGGUGUCCUUCUCGAGAGAUGCCGCUCUCGGCGAGGAGGCGGCCCCGGCGAGGUACGUGCAGGACAACAUGCGGCUCCACGGCGAGCAGGUGGCCCGGGCCCUUCUGCAGGAGAGCGGGCGCGUUUACGUGUGCGGAGACGCUAAGAACAUGGCCAAAGAUGUCAAUGAUACGCUUGUGGAAAUAAUAAGCAAAGAGGCUGGAGUUGAAAAACUAGAGGCAAUGAAAACAUUGGCUACUUUAAAAGAAGAAAAGCGGUAUCUUCAGGAUAUUUGGUCCUAAAAUCAAAAGGAAAGAAAAGAAUGAUGCUUUUUUAGCUGGAAGUACUAAAAAGCAAUUGUACUGAAACUGAGAUUUUCAAUUUUUUAAAUUAUAUUAAAAAAUCCUUCUUGGAGGAGGUAGGGAGAGAGUGGGUCACUUCCGAUGACAGCAAACUUCCAGUUUGGGUUUCUGUAGAUGCCCCUCCCGCUCAGCACACCGCACCUCGGCCCCCCCCACUGGCCCCUCCCGGGGCGGCUGCUGCGUCCCAGGUCCGUCUGUCCCUUCACAGGGCAUCUGUGCACGAGGGGGCUUCGCAGUGCAGGGCGCGGGCCCCGGAGUUGACCAGGGCAAUAGUUAAAGCUUGUGAGCUUCUGUUGCCAGGUUCUGUGAAUAAGGUAAAAGUAAUUCACUCUUACGUGGACUCUGCCGUAAAGAGCAUUCAUAGUCAUAACUGACCACGUACAGCGUAUGACCCUUGUUCGCACACACAGCCCCUGACUUGUGGCGGCGUGAGAGCAGCGCGCCUGCCGCGGAAACCGCACCUGGAAGUUCGAGUUCUGUCCUUUCCCCAGGGAGGGUGACGGGCGGUAACAUGCUCUGGUUUGUGGGACGGCAGCGGAGUCUCGGGGCUGCCGCCCUCUGCACCCGCGCAGACGUUGUGUCUCUUGCAGUGCCACACUCGGUAAACUGAGGCAGUCAGCACUCAUACGCAGCCUCGGGCUUGCGUCCGUGUUCGGAGCCCGUGUGAGGCAGGCCAGGCUGAGCCGCCAUGCCCCGUGGCUGAGGCGGAUCAGAGGCUUUUCGCUCACGGUGGUUUCCAGUUUACAGUGGAUUUAUCGGGGUGUAGCUUCCCUGGAAGUUCAGGAAGAUCUUUACAACCUUGUCAAGUGAUUAUUUAUCACCCAAACUGUAUUUCUGAUAAAAAAAAAUAUAUUAAGAUAAUGCUUAGGUUUUUUUUUUAAUGAUUUUUAAAAUGUGACAUAUAUUUUUAAAUUCUAUUUUAUAUGACUUAUCACAAUUCUUACUAUCACAGUUCCAGGAUUUAGGGAAAUUUGCUUAGUUUACAGAUGCGAGCAAGUACGUACUUUAGUAAAACUACAACCCACAUCCCUCCCCCCCCAGCUCCUCGUCUCUGAUCCUUUUGGCAUAUUUUUUACUUUUCCUACGUUAUUUUAAUCCCAUGCUACCACUCAAGUUGUGUCCUAGGCUUAAAAUACCUACUUAAAUUAGUAUGUGUUUUAAAAUUCUGCCGUCUGAAUAUGUGUCCCCCCCCCUCCCCAUUCAUCUGUUCCAACGCUGACCUGCACUGUGAUAGUCGGAGGUGGGGCCUCCGGGAGGCAUGCGGUCCAGACGGUGGGGCCCUCAGCGAUGCGAUCAGGGCCCUGACCCGGGUGGCCCCAGAGUCCCCUGGCUCCUGCCUGGGGAGGACACGAGGUCUGCAGUCUGCAGCCAGAAGAGGGCUGUCGCCAGGGUCUGGCCCCCCGGCCCCCUGCCCUUGGACGUCCAGCCUCCAGACCCGUGAGAAGUCCAUGUUGAUGAGCCGCCUGCUGUGGGGUGCGGUCACGCGCCCCGAGGACCGCGGCAUCGCCCGGUGACCAGCGCUUUUACAGCUUGUCAGUACAGAAAAAACGUGAACGGGUCUGGUUGAUUUGCCUAGGCUCUGGUGUAUAUUGGCUUUUUUAUUCAAGAGAUUGGCAUUUAUAAAACAUCUACUUGUCCAAGGUCCCUGGUCAUUUUGAAAAAUAAAUGAUGUUAAGAUUUGAUAAA